AUGUCUGAUCAGGUCGACAAUACUGACGUUAUAAUGGUGCUGGGGGACUACAACCUCCCACACCUAAGAUGGCAAUGUGAGGCGGAUCUGAACGGUUAUUUGCCCAGUAAUGCAUCGUCUGAACAAGAGAUAGCACUUACUGAAACACUAUUCGCCUGUGGUUUUUUGAACAAUCUCACAAAUGUGAAUGGGCGCUGGCUGGACUUGCUCUUCAGUAACAUGCCGGAUGAAGUCGAAGUAGACGAGCCCCCACACCCGCUGCUACCAGUUGAUUGUCAUCAUAGACCAUUCGUUGUAUUGCUCGAUGCUCGUUGCGAUGUGUUAAAUGCUGCGGAUCGACCAGCCGAAGUGGAGCUAAAUUUCAGGCGGUGCGAUUUUGAUGUGCUGAAUAAUGCUCUUGCCUCUAUCGACUGGCAACAGCAUCUGGUUAACGAAUCCGUCGAUUUGGAUAUGUCUACUUUCUAUGAUAAACUGUUUGAGAACAACAACAACAACAACAACAACAACAACAACAACAACAACAACAACAACAACAACAACAACAACAACAACAACAACAACAACAACAACAACAACUCUACUACUACUUCGUCUGCUACUGCUUCUACUACUACUUCGUCUGCUACUGCUUCUACUACUACUUCGUCUGCUACUGCUUCUACUACUACUUCGUCUGCUACUGCUUCUACUACUACUUCGUCUGCUACUGCUUCUACUACUACUUCGUCUGCUACUGCUUCUACUACUACUUCGUCUGCUACUGCUUCUACUACUACUUCGUCUGCUACUGCUUCUACUACUACUUCGUCUGCUACUGCUUCUACUACUACUUCGUCUGCUACUGCUUCUACUACUACUUCGUCUGCUACUGCUUCUACUACUACUUCGUCUGCUACUGCUUCUACUACUACUUCGUCUGCUACUGCUUCUACUACUACUUCGUCUGCUACUGCUUCUACUACUACUUUUGUAACAGGCAGUAUCAUAUCAAGUCACGUCACUAUCAACAACAACAACAACAAGAACUCCAAGCUUCCUAGGGCCUACCCGUACGGAAUAGCUGAAGCGUUACAAAAUGCGAGAGAUCCGUUCGUUCUACACUUCCAGCGGCACCGGGCAAGCAACCUGGCGGCGGCCGGAGGCACGAAGCCUUUCAACGCGCUUUUGUACCAACAGGGCUCCAACUCUCCCCCUGAAGCGCAGUGUACUGGCAUCAACGGGUAUGAACUGUACAAUUUUCAUAUUAAAUUGAUGGGAUAA